AAACAUAUUUAUGAAUAUUAUUUUUAUUAUUCCAUUUCUGCCAGGUCUGCCACUAAGUCUUACACGCUGGUCCUUUAAAAUCACAUUUGACAUUUGUAAUAACAAGCCUUGGAUCAACUCAAGCAUGUUACGUGGUUUAUUCAAUCUCUAGGUCUCUCCAUGUCUAGAUGAGGACUUUAGUUUAACGGUAACAUCAUUCAGCAGCCUUUAACAAACACCAUUUCCCACAAGCCCUACGUCAUCGAGGCUAAAAAGGCAAGUCCAGAGUAAUAGCAAGACAGAGAUGACAAAUAAUUUUUAAAAAAGUUGUUAGACAGCAGAGAAAUGACAGGAGAGGAGAGCGUUGGUGGCACACUAUGGAUGUGGACAAAACUGUUACAAUGAUGUCAGUAUCUGCACUGCUAAUUUUUUGUGGGAGAUGUAUAUACUAACAAAUUUAUUUUUUAACUCUGUUAAAAUUGCAAAAGUAUCAAUUCCUAAUAGUAAUCACUGUAGAGGACACCAAUUUGUCUUAAAAUAUGAAAAGUGGGAACACGUUCAAUUUUUUCUGAAAGUGAGCGAUUGCAUUGACUCACAGAAGCUAGUGAAACUGUAGUUAUGGUCAGGACUUUGGCUCUCUAUACUCAAGUCAGACUGAACGCGUAAGCCUUCAACAUUCAGUUUUGAUGAUCUUUAUAUUUGUUAUAAGAGUCUACAGUGGCUUUGUGAAAGUCAGGCACCACAGCAGUGCUUUGAGCUAAAUGCUAACAUCAGCAUACUAACAUAUAUACAUGCUUUUAGCAGGCAACUUGUUACGUUUUGUAGUUUACCAUAUUAGUAUGCUAAUAUUUACUAAAUGGCAUAAAACAAAAAUUACAGCAGAACAAGCUUAACUAAUAACUAAGAUUUUGCCAUUAGCCUGGGUCAGUCCGCUUUAGCCAUGCCGCCAAGCCAAGCCAACUUGCGAUGAAACGUGUCUCUGUAAAGCUGCCUUCAGAUGAUAAGAAAUUUGCUCUUCACUCACUGCAAGGUAGGGCACAGAGCACACCCCAGGGAAAAACACUUGCAGGUUAACGUCAUCAAAAAGUACACAAAGUAUAGCUAUUCACCAUGUUUCUAGGCAACAAGGAUGUUACCAGGGUAUUUAAAGAACAUGGCCACCAAUUUGUCCUGAUGCCAUCAGGUGCAGUUGCAGACUGUUUUGUGCACGAUGCAUUUGAGUUUAUUGCAAAAGAAAGACCUGGCAGUUGCAUUAGUUUUUAAUGUUGUGUUAUAGAGUUCAGGAGAAUCAGAAACACAGAGUGUGAGUUUGCUGAGUAUCUGCUUGCAUGUGUCGCUUCUUGCUACAUCACAUACAGCUAUUAUCUCGAUGGUAAUGUUUUGAAAGGUCAGAGGCAACUGAGGUCAAAGCUGAAAUCGUUUGAGUUUUGAGCGGUCAGUGGCAAUUUCGAGCGGUGCGCCACACCAAGGGCAGCGCUUCUGCCUAGUUGGGCACCACUACUCUCCCCAUAGGAAAACAAAUGGCACAGCCAGCACAGAGCAGUUUAACUGCUGAUGUGGGCACCUUAACUAUAGACAACAGGCUCUCACUGCAUUUGCUGCAAACAGCAAACAACACAGAAAACAAUGAGAAAUACAUGAGAUGGAUGAUCAUGGUAAACUUAAUUUACCUGCUAAGCAACAACAUUAUAGCAUCAUCAUUGUGAGCAUGUUAUCAUGCUGAUGUUAGCCUUUAGCUCAAACCACCACUCACAGAACUGCUAGCAUGGCUGUCUUCUAGCACUGUUUUAGAUUAGUCAGUCAGUGUCUAAACACUUCGCUCAACUAGAGACUGAGGACAAUCUCCCAGCUUUCGUUGUUAUAACUGGAUGGAAACAAUUACAGAGUUUUAAAAAAAAAAAAAAAAAAUCUGCAUUGCAGAACCAAUCCAAAUUCUUUAGGGGGGUUCUUCAUAUUGGGGCGAUGACAUGUAGUUCAUGACGGAAGAGAAUGGGGGGGUGUCCUUGAUAAAAUGUAAGGGGCGUAGGUUUGUUAGCGGCCAUUCUUGCCUCUGUUCAAGCAACUACCUUGCAUUUAGAAAUCCCAAUACGAUCAGUAGGUGGGAAGAUCUCUGAUUGUCUGGUUUCACAAGACUAGUCUUGUUUAUAUUUACUUAAUAGCCUGCACAGUUGUCAAACAACAAUUACUUCCUUACUGUAACAGCUGAAAUAUUACAUGUGUGAGGCUUUCAUCUGACAACAGUGAUAUAUAAUGUACAGUUUCAUCCAUAUUUCAUUUGUUUUGUUUUUUUUAUUUUUUAGUUCAGUAAGCUUAUGUACUUUCUAUCAAACUGUCUGUGUUAUGAUUAACAAUGAACUCUGUGUAUCAUAAGUAUGUUAAUAUACAUAUGAUUUAGAUUGCAUGUUGAUAACUUGAUUAUAUGUUAUAUGGAAACAAUAUGUCUGUACAUAUUUCACUUUGAUUAACUGUGUUUUAUUUUACAAUUUUACAUAAAUCAUUUUACUUUAUGUUUUCACCUUCAACAUUUUCAGGAGAUAUUUUGAAUCUUUUUAAGUAAAUAAUUUUGCUUUUGAUCAGUUAUAUUGUUAUUAAUGUGUAUUUCUACCUGACAAUGUCAUUAUUUCCUUGAUUUACAAUGGAAUAAAGUCAGAUCCCAUUUAUGUUAAACCAUGGGCAUGUCUCUGUUUUAAAUGGUAUAACCCUCGCUGAUGUUUCUAGGUAAUGUCUCAAAUUGCAACUGUCUCUGACUUAACGUGAAACAAAAAGAGGAACCUUGAGUUUGCUCUCUUAUAACCCAACUUUUCCAUCACAUUGCAAAACAGCACAAGACUUGACAGACGUUCAAGAAAAUCUACAAUGGCGAACAACUCCACAGUGAGAGGUGGAGGUCUGGACUACGGUGACGAAGUGGUAUAUUUGUGUGAUGAUGAUUUAAGUCACUUUGCAACCAUCAGUGCUGCCUUCUUCAUUUUGAUCUUCAUCUUCAGUGUCACAGGCAACAGUCUCCUCUUAUGUAUUGUUUUCCGCUACGAGGACUUGAAAAAUGUCACAAAUCUGUUUGUCCUGAACCUGGCCUGCUCAGAUUUGGUCUUCACCGUCACCCUUCCAUUCUGGGCUAUCUAUCAGCUGCACUACUGGAUGUUUGGUGACUUUGCCUGCAAAUUUCUGACUGCAGCUUACUUUGCUGGUUAUUACAGUAGCAUCAUUUUACUGACUGCCAUGACUGUGGAUCGUUUCAUAACAGUGGUGUUGAACAACUGGCCGAGCAAACCUGUAAAAAGGACAAGGUGUGCAGUGGGUGCCUGUGUAGCUGCUUGGGUCAUCAGCAUCGCUGCAUCCGUGAGUGAUGUUCUCAAUGUGAGUGAGCAGCCGAAAUCCAACAGCUGUGAGGCUCUCCUUGAGAGUUCUGAUAUUAACCUGAGCUAUGGUCUCCAAGUGUCACUGCUCUUCUUCGUCCCAUUUGCCAUCAUUAUUUUCUGUUAUUCUGCCAUCCUCAAAACAGUUUUGCAGGCUUCAAACAGAAAAAGGUACAGGACUGUGGUGGUGGUGUUAUGUAUCGUUGCAGUCUUCUUUAUCUGCUGGGGACCUUACAAUUUGUUUCUUUUUGUUGAAACUUUGUAUGAACCAAAUACAGAAUGUUAUGCAAACAAACAGUCCGAGAUCGCCUAUACCAUUUUUCGUAUACUUGCUUAUUCUCACUGCUGUAUGAACCCUCUGCUCUACAUGCUCUCACAAAAGUUGCGAAGACAUCUGAUGCAUAUUUUACAUUGUGAUAAUGUCAAGAGGAGGAACAGGGAGAGAGCUACUGGCAAUUCAGCUAUUACACCACAAAACUCUGCUGUUAUGCUGGAGUUACAAAUCAAAUAGACAUUCACUUUUGAAAGAAAACAUUGAUUAAAUCUGUAAAUGCUCUUGUAUGAUAUGGUUUGUAUUUAAUUUUACCCAUGUUUUAUUCAUUGUAAAGUGUAAAGUGUAAUUAGUUUUCUUUUUUAAAUCUAAAUUUUUAAAAAUGUGCCAAGGAAAUGGUGAAAAUAUGUUCAAAAAGCUACAGCAUGUCACUAUGUAUGAUAAUAUAUGAGAAUGCUUACACUGCUGCAUUUUACAGCUUUUUUGAAUGACUAAUC